CUGACAACUUCAUCAUGAUGUUAACCGAAAUGGUUUAGUCGCAUGCAGAUCUCACUGCGUUUGACCUACUUGCUUGUCAUAGUUAGUCGCCUUCACGAGUACGCGUCAGCGUUUUAACCCCGGCACGAAGAGGCUGGCUUCCGUGUCAGCAGUGCAUACAAUAUUCAUAAGCUCCCAAACACGACUUCGGGCUCGCAUAAAUAGCUGGCUCUUUACCCUCCUGUUCUGAAUCAUGAUUGAAACAGUUACACUCUCUGAUGGCCACACCAUGCCCAUUCUUGGACUUGGCGUCGCCAUGAACGAGGAAUGUGCAGAAGCUUGCAUGGUUGCCCUUCAAAAUGGUUACCGAAUGAUCGAUGGCGCCCGGUACUACGAGAAUGAAGUUGAACUCGGUGUUGGGGUAGCGAAAAGUGGUGUUAAGCGCAAAGACGUCUUUAUCACUUCCAAGGUCUUCCAUGCGGAUUACACUUACGACGGCACGAUGGCUGCUUUGAAAGACUCGAUCGCGAACCUUGGAUCAUCGUAUUAUGAUUUAUACCUAACACACAGCGCCGUCGGAGGCAAGGACGCACGUCUUGCUGCCUAUAGGGCUCUUUCGGACGGCAAGGCCAGCGGGAUGAUCAAAUCUGUCGGUGUCUCCAAUUACUCAGCAAAGCACAUAGAAGAGAUUCGUGAGGCCGGUCUAGAGAUGCCCGUUGUGAACCAAAUAGAGUUACAUCCGUUCUGUCAGCAAAAACCGAUAGUCGAAUAUUGUAGGAAGAACAACGUCGUCGUCCAGGCAUACUCCCCUCUUGUGCGUGGUGGUUUCGACAACGCAGUCAUCCAGGAGCUCUCUAGAAAGUACUCCAAAGAUCCUGCUCAAAUUCUUGUCAGGUGGUCUUUGCAACGAGGAUUUGUGCCUUUGCCCAAAUCCUCGCAGCCCGAGCGCAUCAUAUCCAACGGCCAAGUGUUUGGCUGGGAAAUAGAACCUACGGACAUGGCAAAGCUUGACGCGUUGGACCGCGGGAAGGAGGGCGCGAUUACCUGGAAUCCAGUCGACGUCGAUUAAGAAGCCAGUCGGCCACCCCAGGGCUGCCUCCUUGUUUUAAGUGGCAAUGAACCAUUACAAACAAAGAACCCGAUUGCUUUGUUUCACGAGCAUGCAAUAUAAUAACGUUCAAGCACAUACGGAAAGUACAACAAGAAUGACAACAACAACCUCACUAACAAUGACAGAGGUAAACAGAAGGUCGACAAGAAAGAAGAUCUAUAUUUGCACGAAGGUCUAGCAAACGAAAACACAUCGUAAAC